AUGGCGCGCAGUGGAGGGCGGGCGCGGCGCGGUGCGAGAGGCGCGGCCGGGCGGCGCGGCGGGCAGUCGGCGCGGUGGCGCAGGAUGAUGCGGCUGUGGCGCUCGGCGCUGCUGCGGGAGCUGCUGCUGCUCGGCCCGCCGGGGGCGGCCGGCGGCGGGGCCCCGGCCCCGGCAUCCGCCGCCGGGACCAGGCGCCUCCAGUCGCCGCUCGCCGCUCUCGGCGCUAGCCCGCCCGCCGCUCGCCGCGGCCCGGCGGCGCUGCCGUCAGCGCGAGGUCUGUGCACCCGCUCGGAAGGCGCCUUGGAGGAGCCGGGGAAGGGGGCGCAGGCGCCGUCGCCGACUCCCGGCGAGCCCCCCGCCGACAGCGGCCACAACAAUAACCACGGCGGCGGCGGCAAGGAGGUGGCCGUAGGCGGCGGCGGGGAGAAUAAAAUAAAACAAGGUCUCCUUCCCAGCUUAGAAGAUCUGCUUUUCUAUACUAUUGCAGAAGGACAAGAAAAAAUACCAGUUCAUAAAUUCAUAACUGCACUCAAAUCUACAGGAUUACGUACAUCUGAUCCUCGAUUGAAAGAGUGCAUGGAUAUGCUAAGGCUGACUCUUCAGACUACUUCAGAUGGUGUUAUGCUGGACAAAGACCUUUUUAAAAAGUGUGUACAGAGUAACAUUGUGUUGCUUACUCAAGCUUUCAGAAGGAAGUUUGUCAUUCCAGAUUUUAUGUCGUUUACUUCCCAUAUUGAUGAGCUAUAUGAAAGUGCUAAAAAACAAUCUGGAGGAAAGGUUGCUGACUAUAUUCCCCAACUGGCCAAGUUCAGCCCCGAUUUGUGGGGGGUGUCACUUUGCACCGUGGAUGGACAGAGGCAUUCUGUGGGUGAUACCAAAGUUCCAUUUUGUCUCCAGUCCUGCGUGAAGCCUUUGAAAUACGCAAUUGCUGUCAAUGAUCUUGGCACAGAGUAUGUGCACAGAUAUGUUGGUAAAGAGCCCAGUGGAUUAAGAUUCAACAAAUUGUUCCUGAAUGAAGAUGACAGGCCUCAUAACCCUAUGGUGAAUGCUGGAGCAAUUGUGAUCACAUCUUUAAUCAAGCAAGGAGCAAAUAACGCAGAAAAAUUUGACUACGUGAUGCAGUUCAUGAAUAAAAUGGCUGGUAAUGAGUAUGUUGGAUUCAGUAAUGCUACGUUCCAGUCUGAAAGAGAGAGUGGAGAUAGAAACUUUGCAAUUGGCUAUUACUUGAAAGAAAAAAAGUGCUUUCCUGAAGGCACGGAUAUGGUUGCUAUACUAGACUUCUAUUUUCAGCUUUGCUCAAUAGAAGUAACAUGUGAGUCAGCAAGUGUGAUGGCAGCAACUCUGGCUAAUGGUGGCUUUUGCCCAAUCACUGGUGAGAGAGUCCUGAGCCCCGAGGCAGUCCGGAAUACCUUGAGUUUGAUGCAUUCCUGUGGCAUGUAUGACUUUUCAGGGCAGUUUGCCUUCCAUGUUGGUCUUCCUGCCAAGUCUGGAGUUGCUGGUGGGAUUCUUCUGGUUGUUCCUAAUGUCAUGGGCUUGAUGUGCUGGUCACCUCCUUUGGACAAGAUGGGCAACAGUGUUAAAGGAAUUCACUUUUGUCAUGAUCUGGUUUCUUUGUGCAAUUUCCAUAACUACGAUAAUUUGAGACACUUUGCAAAAAAGCUUGAUCCUCGCAGAGAAGGAGGUGAUCAGCGGGUGAAGUCUGUGAUAAAUCUGCUGUUUGCUGCCUACACAGGGGACGUGUCUGCACUCCGGAGGUUUGCUCUGUCAGGAAUGGAUAUGGAGCAAAGAGACUAUGACUCACGGACAGCCCUGCAUGUGGCAGCUGCAGAAGGACACGUGGAUGUUGUUAAGUUUCUGCUGGAAGCGUGCAAAGUGAAUCCUUUCCCCAAAGACAGGUGGAACAACACUCCUAUGGAUGAAGCUUUACAUUUUGGACACCAUGAUGUUUUUAAAAUUCUUCAAGAGUAUCAGACCCAAUACACGCCAUCAGAAGAUAACAACGACGGGAAAGAGAACCGAACGGUUCAUAAAAAUCUGGAUGGCUUGCUAUAAUCAUCUUCAGCUAGAUCCUAAGAAUCAAAUCACUUACCUAUUUAAUUGUGGUAUGCAUAAGUAAUGAAGAGCGUGUGUGUUUCUAUCUGAUAGUGGUAUAUAUUUUACAGAAGUCUCUGUUACUUCAGUGUUACGUUACAGGAGUUUCUAUACGCACAGGACAAAUCCAAUCUCUUCAAAAGAAACAAAACCAACUAAGAAUCUCCCUCCAUAAUGUGAGCAAUAUUACCUCAUGCUGCAUAUAAUUGAUGUAUAAAAAUAUUUAGCUGUUGUUGGCUUUACUGUGCACUACUUAAUUUAUUUUUGUGUUCUAUGUGAACUCUAGUCUGUGGUCAGGAACUUUUCUGCUGAAUUUUUGUUUCUUUAGCCCUCUGUUUCCAGUAUGGCCAGGAUGAGCCAGAGUACUGUCAGGUAUGAGCGUCAGUGAGGUUUUUUGAAAGCUGAGGAUGCUGAUGUAGAUGUAGGCUGGGUGUGUUAAGUAAGGAUCUGCACUUAUCUUUGGGAUAAAAUAGAAAAAAAGAAUUCCACACAACCUUGUUUACAUAAUAUAAAUAUCACAGAGUAUAUAGGUGACACUUGUCAAUGGUCUAGGCUUGUUCUUAGAGAUAGUCUUGUCAGGGAACGUGUUUUAAGGUUUGUUUGACCAAAUGGUGUAGGGGAGUGUGACGUGUAGCUGCGGUGUGUAGUGGGAUUUGUGUCUUGGGAGCGUUUCUCUCAGUUCCCUUUGUCUUGCCUCCCUCCUCUCUCUCCACGUUCAGCUGCUAAAGUGCUUCCCUGUGGCCAGGGAAUGUGGGUGCUUCCACUCCGUGCAGGUGUUCCUUGCAGGUGUAUUUGCACUACCCCUGGGGGGGCUGGCAGGGGCUGCUCCCUCCUGGUGGCUGCACCAGGAGCCAGCCAGGGCAAUGGAAGUGCUUGAAAGGCAAAGAACCAAACCAAAUACAAUCUGAGCUCAUUGAGGCUUGUGGCAAGGAGCACGGAUGGAGUGAAACAGCUUUAAGGAGCAUAGAGCCAAUCAGAACAGGAGCAGAGCAGGAGAUAAGCCAGGUUUUAGGUUAUGUUCUCUUCUUGCACUGCCAUCAACCAGGGAGCAGGAUAUUGCAUCACUGGGAUUCCCCUGGUGUAGGACAGGAGUUCAGCACCAGGAGCACAACUGAGUAAAUGCCUUUUGUGGUGAAUGGUGGCAUUCAUUGUCUUGCCACUGAAGCCAGCGUGGCACGUGCCCUGUUGUGGAAAAUGUAGGUGCAGGUAUUUGUAGUUCACAAGAGUCCAAUAUUGCCACAGCUCCCUGUCCCUUGUACAAUUGCUUCUGCCAGUAGUGUGGCACAAAGCCUCAGAAGUGGGCAGUCACUUCAGAUACUCACAACACACUACAGUUGUUGGACGUAGGCAAGGAUUUUAGCACAAGAGUUUUAGGCAGGAAUCAUUUAGCACAUGGAAAAGGAGAUUGUGCUUGAGAAUUGUGUAUAUGGUGGUUUUUAUCCUAGCACGUUGCAUACAAGUCAUUAGUAGAUCUCAGAGGUCAAAUUUUCUGUGUUUUGGCACCAAAAUCUCCUGAAAUCAUGCCCAAAUUCUUCCUAGAAUGCCCAAGCACUUUAUAAAGAUGAUCUGAACCACAUUACCCUCCUUUAGCAAUGAGGACACUAAGGCUUGGAGAGAAGUAACUUCUCCAGAGCGACCCAGCAGGUCAGUAUAGUUGAGAAUAAAUCCUUUCAAGUUCCUGUACAGUCUCUUGUCAAAAUGCCAUACUGCCUCCCUGCAGGGAGGACAAGCCACAUGGAAAAGUGCUUGGUACUCAUCACAAGCAGUGACUGUCUUCAUCAUGAAAGAGUCUGAAAGUCUAAAGCCCUCAAACAGCAUCUCGAAGCUGGCUGGCAUGGUUAUCAAACACUUUUUCUUAAGAAUCCUCCUCUUCUUGAGCUGGUUGGGUUUGGUUUUUGGUUUUUUUUUUUUUCUUGUUCUUUUUUUUUUCUUUGUUCUUCUGAAGAUCAGCUAUUUUUCUGAAGGCUUUUAACCCACUCUCUUCACAUCCUGUGUCAUGGCCACCCCUGUUGUAAACAAGAACGAAAUGAAAUGGCCUCUGGCUCUUUGUUGAGCCACAUCACUGGGUAGCACAAGGCAACAAAAUUAUGAGCUUCAGUGUAAAGGAAUAUUUUCAGAUGGAUCCUAGUUCAAAAUUAUGGAUUUCAGUGCUAAUCCUCCCUAUUUUGCCCCUGUUAGAACACAUUCUGUAGCUUCUCAGAAAAAUACCUGAUGUAGCUUUAUUUAACUGACAUUGUGUUGUUCAAACUGGCAUUUUAAACAUAGGUAUAUUAUUAUAUAGUACACAUGAUAUAAACAAACCAAAACCAAAAGGAUUGUAACUGAGCUAACAUUGAAGAUCAUGGCUGUCCCUAAACUUAAUGCUUUCAUACCGAGUGCUUUUAGCCAGUCCUAGCUUCAGUGCAUUUUUGCUGGUUAGUUUUAGUAUUUUCUCAUUGUGAGAAGAUGGAUUAUUUUGUAAUGUCCAAUUCAGCGAUGCAGCUGCUUAGACAUGGCGUUCUUUAUAAAUAUAAAUAUAUGCAGUACUACAUUGGUUUGGCUGUUUAUCAUUCAUGACACUGACAUGUAGAUUUUCCAGUAAAUAGCUUUUGGUUAUCUUAUCCAACGCUGACUUCCUUAUGCUCCAAAGAAGAUUCCCCCCACUCCUUUGUUUUUAUGUCAUAUAUGUUUCUUCUGUAUCACAACCUAAAAUCGUUCAGCUAACUUAAUGCUUUGUACUCAGAAAUAUUGUGCUAGUCUUAGCAUUAAUUAGCCUUUGUGAACAAACUGUAUUGUACCAGAUUUUUUGCUUCAGAGCUGGACUAUCCGUGACUAUACUUACUGGCAGUGUACUUCUGGUCAUUGUAACUGACUGGGCUGAUCUUGACUUUUAGAUUCUGUAUUGUGGGGACUAGACAGUGAUGAAUGUAUUUCUAGCAGUUUCCCAUGAAUGAAUCUAAACUUGAGCUGUACUGGUUCUGAAAAUGAAAGUUAUUUAUUUUAAGAAAUAAAAUCCAGAUAGUGUUGCUUUUUACAGCAUAAUAAAUGGAAAUACCAAGA